GUUAAGAUUAAAAAAGGAUUGUUAAUAAAAGUGACGUUAUUCUUUAUCUUGGUUAAUGUUUUUAUGACAGUACCUACCUACCUAGCGCUAGUUAAUUAGUCAUAGACAGGAAGAUGUAACAAUAUAUUUUCAUUUAGAAUGUAAAGUCUUAUUAGUUAAAUGUUUAUUUAUACAAUAAAUGUAGAAAAUUGAAAAUUAUAAUGUAAAAAAAUUGAUCCAUCAUCUAAGUAAAGGUUGUGAGUUUAUCUAUACAUUAUAAGUGGGGCAAUGACGUGAAAAAUUAGAAAGUUUACUUUUAUUUUUAAGAUUUAUACCUACACAUUCCAUUGAUCCAGUAUUUAUCUACACAUAUUGCAGAGAAAAAUGUCUGAAAUAAAAGAAAAAGUUAACCCUACAAUAUAUGUUAUAUUUAUUUCCUUGUUAUUGGACUUAUUGGCUUUCACGAUGAUUUUACCGCUAUUGCCGUCGCUAUUGGAGCAUUACAGGAAAAACGACUCCACAGGCCUGUAUUUAUGGUUGUCAAGUAAAAUUGAGUUUUUUCAAAAUUUAGUUGGAGCCCCAGAAAAAUACAAUUCCGUACUUUUUGGUGGAUUUUUGGGGUCGUUAUUUAGUUUUUUGCAAUUUAUUGCUUCGCCUGUGGUUGGAGGUAUAUCAGAUGUUAUCGGAAGGAAAUCUGUUAUGAUUAUAUGUUUGGUGGGAAUAUCAUCGUCAUAUAUUUUGUGGGCUUUAUCAAGUAACUUGGUACUAUUUAUAUUGGCAAGAUUCAUUGGUGGAAUAAGUAAAGGAAAUGUUUCUUUAAGUAUGGCCAUUAUUGCUGAUGUGUCGUCCAUGAAAACAAGAGGAAUUGGAAUGGCCCUUGUAGGAAUUGCCUUUUCACUAGGUUUUAUAGUGGGCCCUCUAAUAGGCGCCUUUUUUGCCAUUUGGUCCAAAAACAAAACCGGCGAUUGGUUUGUUGUACCAGCUUUAUUUGCAUUUUCCUUAAGCAUAGCCGAUUUAAUAUUUUUCACUGCUUACUUUAAAGAGAGUCUUCCAAAAGAAAAAAGAGCCAAAAGUGUAUGGAAAAGUCUACAAAACACAAGAGCUCUCAUCAACAUCACAGAGUUAUUUAAAUUCAAUGCUGUGACUGAUAUAAAAGAAAGCAAUCUUAAGGAAUUAAGAAGAAUUGGCCUAGUUUAUUUUGUUUAUCUUUUUAUAUACAGCGGCCUGGAAUUUACAUUAACAUUUUUAACACAUCAUGUAUUCAAUUACACCUCUAUGCAGCAGGGGUGGAUGUUUUUUGUUAUUGGAAUAACAAUGGCUUUAGUACAAGGGGGCUAUGUUAGAAAAAUACCUCCCACAAAAACAAAAAAGACUGCUAUCUUAGGAUUAUGGCUUAUAAUACCAUCAUUUGUUUGUGUUGGCCUUGCAAACGGCCCUUACAUGCUCUAUACAGGACUUCUAUUAUUUGCUAUAUCUACUGCUUUGGUUGUGCCUUGUAUAAUGACUAUGGCCUCUGAAUAUGGCAAUGAACAACAAAAAGGAACAGUUAUGGGUAUUUUUAGAUCUCUGGGGGCCCUGGCUAGAGCCCUGGGUCCAAUUUUGGCCAGCAUUUCCUUUUGGAGUGUUGGCUCAACUAUUACAUACUUAUUGGGUGCUGUAGCUCUACUAUGGCCUGUUCUAACUCUUAAAAAAACAUUACAAUAACAAUAAUUUAUAUAUAUUUAUGUACAGUAUUACAAAUUGUAUACUUCCAUUGUGAUAUACAGUGUGUUUUUUUAGAUUGGGGUUUAUCUAAAAGUACUAAUAACAAUAGUUUGACAGUUAAAUGAUCCAAGUUAGGUGUGCUGUAAUUCAAUUGUUUUAGUAUUGUUCUCAGUAUGUUUUAAUUUGUUGAAAGAAGAGCCCAAAUUGUAAAACACCCUGUACCUAUUUAAUGUGCCAAUCUUACAAUAAACAUGUUACAUUAAUAA